AUGGAGUUCUUAUCAAGCAAUGACAAGUUAAGAUUGAAUGACAUGAAAUUGAUUGAGCAAGAAUAGUAUUAUAUCAGCUAAUUAAAGGAUCAAAGGGAAAAAAUGGAAUUAUUAAAAAUUGAAUUCCUGAAGAAAGAUCAUGUCAUCUUGGAGUUGUAAGGACACUUGGAAUAAUUAUAAGAUGAAUGUGAAUAGCUAAGAGAAAUUUAUUAGGAACAUGUUCAAAAUUAGGAAAAUGAAUUCUAUAGAUUGAAUAAAUUAUAGGUGGAAAAAGAUAAUUUAAUUAAAGAUAAUUAAGAACUAAAGGAUGUAAUUUAACAUUUACGAAAUGAAAAUGAAACUUUAAAUUCGUUAUAAUUUAAAAAUGAUGAUUAAUAAAGAUAGUUAUAAGAAUAAUUGGUUCUGCUGGCAGAAGAAAAUUCAAGAUUAAAGUCAGAAAUAGCAAAGUUAGACGAACUCUUGUUUACAUAUGAACCUCUAAAGGAAGAAAAUGAAAAGCUCAAUGAAAAAUUAAGAUAAUACAAGCACGAGAAGCACAAAUUGUAAUAGGAAUUAAAAUAAGGAAAACAAGAGAUCAACAAAUAAAUUGAAGAAUUUAAAUCAGGUUAUGUUAAAGAUUUAAAAAAUGAAAUCUAGAGAUUACAAGAAUAUAAAGAUUAAUAUCAAACAAUAAAAAUACAAAUACAAGAUUUAGAGCAGAAGUAUGUUGAAGCAAUUGAUGAGAACAACAACUUGAAACUUGAAAUUAAGUCUCUUUAUGAAAAGGAGGAAAGUGAAAUUAAAAUUAAAUCAGAAAUUGAUAGAGUUAGAUAAGACCUUAUGUCAGUGAGAUACUAAGAGACUCUAAAAUUAAAUGAAUUAUUUAAUGGAAUGAUUAGUUUGAGCAGUUUAGCAAACUCUAGAGAUCACUUUAAUUGA